CUAAUAAUAAUCUUCACGGCAGGUUCAGUUUUAAUCGCCCGCAGACGUGGCUUUCUCCGUCCAUCAACGGUAAGGGCGGGCAGCAUCAGCUCAUCCAUAAGUAGCCAGCCUGUGGGGAACCUUUGAGGCAGCCGGAAAAAAAAAAAGACAAUGGCGUCGUCCAGCCACCGAGCAGAAUCUUCACCCAGCUCACUGCGUGAUGGUCACAAUAGGCCCUACGACCGCCAUCACCUCAUUGCCAACAGCUCGAGUUCAAUAUCGAUAGACAGCGAGGAGAAAUGGGAUGAUGACGGGUUUUAUCACGGUCGAGAGAAGGAUGAUGCCAUUGAACUCGAAGCCCUUAAUCGCCGACGUGAUGAUGAAAACGAUGAUGACGACAAUGAUGGGGCUCACGAUUGCACCAGCAGUCUCAGCAGCCCUAAGGCAUUAUACACGGUCCAUGAGGAAAAGGCCAUCGUGCGCAAAUUCGAUCGUCAUUUGGUCCUUCUUAUAGCUUUAAUGUACUUGCUGGCGUUUCUGGAUCGGUCGAAUAUCGGCAACGCGCGCAUCGCCGGCAUGGACGUCGACCUCCAAACGUCCCCGCCGCGAGACGAUUGGUACACCUGGGCAAUACAGGCCUUCUACGUGUCCUAUAUCGGCUUUGAGUGGAUGUCGCUCCUCUGGCACGUAAUCCCGCCUCACAUUUACGCAUCUAUGCUCGUACUCUCCUGGGGCGUCGUCGCCUCGCUGCAGGCGGUGGCCCCUUCGUACCCUUUCUUGAUCGUCUUGAGAGCAUUGCUCGGUGCCGGCGAGGCUGGGUUCACUGGCAUCCCGCUCUAUCUUUGCAUGUUCUUCAAGAGAGAUGAGCUUGCAUUCAGAACGGCCAUCUUUGUGUCGGCUGCUCCGCUGGCCACCUCAUUCGCCUCCACUCUCGCCUGGCUCAUCCUCAAGGUCGGAGAGGCCAGCCCCAUCACUCCAUGGCGCCUCCUCUUUCUCGUCGAAGGCUUUCCAUCCGUCAUUGUCGCCGUCAUCGCCUGGCGCAUCGUUCCAGACUCACCACACACGGCAUCAUACCUCACAUCACACGAGAAGAGAAUCGCCAGGCUCCGUCUCACGACCCAGCACCAAUCUCACUCAAGCACAGUCACAGGGCACUGGCUGAAAAUCAGAGAAGUCCUUGCCGUCUGCACCGACCCGAUCGCCAUCAUCCCGGCCAUAAUGUUCUUCCUCACCAACAUGGCAUACUCGUCUCUCCCCGUGUUCCUGCCCACCAUACUCGAGGAGUCGAUGGGUCACGAUAGACUACGCGCCCAGGCCCUCUCGGCCCCUCCCUACCUCGUGUCCUUCUUCUUCGUCCUCGCCACGGCGAAACUAUCCGACUCGAUGCGAUCGCGCAGUGCCUUUCUGGUCCCCUUUGCGUUGGCGUCUGCCCUCGGCUACGCGACCCUCGCCCUCUCGGAGCACGUCCUCCGGCUCGAGCCCGCCAGCGCCCUGCGCUACCUGGCCGUCUACCCGGCCGCCGCCGGCUUCUUCUGCGUCGCCGUGCUAAUCGUUGUCUGGAACGUCAACAACCAGCCCAGCCGGUCACGACGUGGCGCCGGCUUUGCCAUGAUGCAGAUUUUCGGUCAGUGCGGCCCCCUGCUUGGCGCGCGCCUGUACCCCAGGUCCCAGUCCCCGUUUUACACGCAGGGCAUGGCUGUCUGCGCCACGGCCAUGCUUGGGGUCGCCGCGCUCGCCCUCUUGCAGCGUUGGGUUCUCGUGCGGAGGAACCGCGCCUUGGAUGCCCGUCGCGGCUACAGGGACCAUGGCGGUCGUGGCGGGGACGUCCCCGGUGCCGAUGCAGGCUUCCGCUUCAUGGUCUAGAACAACACUUUUAGUACCUUGACAGAUAGAAAAAAGGUUCCUCGGGUUUUAUUGAUCUUGUUCCCCACGAAAACCCAAGGUAAACCUUGGUCAGAAUAGACGUGCUGGUGUUACCCUUGUCUCGGGUACACAAAAAAAUACACGACCCGUACGCAGGGAUGGAUGUCUUGUCUUCUGGGUCUUCUUGAUAUUCUUUGGUCUCACGCGAAAUUCCUUCUCUGUAAGACUUGGCAUGCUGCUGCAACGGCCAGAUGUCUGACAUGCGUAUAUCCGUUUUCGUCCGGCGACACAAAAAGUCUAGAUCCGCAUCCAGCCCAAAGCCCGGCAGCUAUUCCGACACAAAGCCCCAGGUGUGGUUGCACAUCUGAGCAGCCAGGGUCUUCUCUCGAAUAGGUCGAGAUUGUAUCGAAGGUCCAGCCUUUGGCUGAGCGGGAUCAUACCCACAUAAUUACCUAGGUACGCAAAGUGUAGUGUAGCCUAGAGAUACAGAUUAUCAAUGCAUGUUCUCCACGAGCGUCCAAC